AUGGUCCUAGACUAUAGCAAAUGGGACGCUCUCGAGCUCUCUGACGAUUCGGAUAUCGAAGUCCACCCAAAUGUGGACAAACGAUCCUUUAUCCGCGCGAAGCAGCACCAAAUUCACCAGCAAAGGCUCCAGCGCCGGAAUGAGAUCGCGACCUUGAAGUAUGAGAGAAUCAUAAACGACGGUCUUUUACAGCGGAUUGAUAGCCUUUUGAGCGCGCUGAGAAAGCAUGAAGAUAGCUCCCGACACCCAGAUGAGCUGGUCUUCCAGGCCCUGAUCGAGUCCGCCGGAGACCCAGAGAAGGACCAACCUCCUGCUCCCCCGGAGGGUGUGCAUACCCAGGAGAAGGAAACCCCGAAAUAUUCGCAGAUGAUGGGAUCAUUGGUUGACCAAGUCAAAAAUGAGCUGGAUCAAGCAAAGCCCGAGAACCGGUUCCAGGCGUUCAUCGCAGGGGUAGAGGGCCACAGGGCCAAAGUUCUUAAUCUGCAGCAAGAGUUACUCGUGAAGCUCGCCCAGCUUGAGAAGGAGGAGAGCAGCAAAAUCACGAGCGACAGCAUUCACACGGGGUUUGACAGCUCCUAUAUCUCAAAACCCAGGGCCGAAUCCAAGCCCAAAAAGACAGAGCCACAGGUUGAGCUGCUCAACUCGGGGCUAAACAAGAACGAAGUCGGAGCUGUGUCGUCUGGCGCCGAAGCGGAUGAAGAGCCCGAGCCUGGAGAUGAAGGUGAUACCAGCGUUUCUCCUCUAGCCAAAAAGUUCGCAAGGCUCAAGUAUGGCGAUUACACCGGUACUCUGCAGUUCAUCACUGAACAUCCGGACAUCGUGGCCGAACGAAAGACAGAUGAACUUCUCAUGGAAGCCUUCAAUGCUCAAAUUGCUGGUGAUGAAGAUUAUGCUCGUCAAUGCGUUCACCAGGGCUUGCUUCUACAAUACUGUCGCUCGUUGGGUCCGGAUGGAGUCUCUCUUUUCUUCAAACGAUCACCGCGCAAACGUUCUCUUCCUGCGACGAUGUCAACGACACCUACAACAAGAUCAAAGUGCGCGCCCCCAGAACUGCAUAAGCAACCUGCCGGGGUUGAGCAAAUUCAACUCCAUGCUGUCGACCCAUCCACCAAAAUCAACAUUAGCAUCCCGCCAGCAGACAGUACCGAUCCACAGCACAUUGCAGCUCGGGAGACGUUUGAGCGCUUCCCACCGGGCCUCCAGCGUGCACUGCAAUCCGAGAGUCUCGACGAAGUGAAUAAAGUUCUUGGCAAAAUGAGUGUCGACGAGGCCGAGGAAGUGGUUGAAAAGCUGGGCGAGAGCGGUAUUCUGAGCCUCCAGGAAGGCAUCCUCGAUGCGACCACUGAGGAAGGGAAGAAACGGCUAGAAGAAAUCGAGGAGGAGAGUAAGAGAGAAGUCGAAAAUCAAGAAGUCGUUGGGGAUCCGGAGUGA